GACGUUAAUGUCAAACCCCAACUCGGACAGGAUAAGCAGAAGGCACAGUAUGAUAAAACAGCCAAACAGCCACUUCAACCACUAUUUGCAGAAGACCGUGUACGCAUCCAUAACCCUGCCAACAACAGAUCGGAACCAGGUGUGGUUCACUGUGUGGCUGAUGCCCCCCGGUCUUACAUGGUGGCUAAUAUCACUGGUGGAGUACUUAGAAGAAACCGUCGCCACCUACGAAGGACUGAUGAGCCCUUUGAACUCCCAGUUCCUUCAAAUGAAGUCCCUGAGGAUAUUCCAAUUGGUGACUCACGUUCUGAAGAGCUCGUGACAAGUAGUUCCUCUGCAUCACCUGACAGUGCUAGUGUUGCCUCUUCCCCCGCUGGUGAAACAGACACUCCUCUUUUUGCAGUUCUUCCUCCUCUGCGCAGAUCCACUAGGAGAGUUAAAGCUCCACAGAGACUGAACUUA